AGGUAUUCACUGUGUACCAUAAUCUGGUUUGUCCAGUGAGAACACACAGUUCCCAAAAGAUGAAGAAGGGUUUCUCCCUUGUGCUCCUCAUCCUUCUCAUCCACCACAACCUUCUCAACGCCGACAACUGUGUCACAGAGGAUUGUCUCAUCGCCAACGAUUUCGAAUCAGAAUUCUCGUUUCCCUCUCAUGCCGCAAGAAUGCUCUACGAUGUCAGCCAAUCAGUCUCAGGCAAAACAGGCAACGGCAACAACAAAGCUGUAAAUUGUCCACAAAAGCAAGGUUACCGCAGCUGCAUCCCAUCCAAAAACGGCGGUGGCCCCAACAAAAACUGUGCUGAGUAUACCAGAUACUGCUAAGAACACCUUCCAAUUUCCUUUCUCGUUUUGAGGUUUUCCUUUUCUUGUUUUAAGGUUGUCUAGUCUAAUUUAAUUUCCCUGUCUUGUUAUUCAUACUUCAAUUGUACUGUACUGUACUGUUACUGCCUCUGUAUUAUCAUAUCAUCUGUACUCUCUCACUUUAUCAAUUUCUGCUUAAGAAUAAUUCCAUGUAAGAUUGCAAAUAAUAAAUCACUAUCUCUGCAGAGGGUUUCUUCAA